AUGUGGUUAGCAAGCGUGAACCUCUCGCACACAAGGAUUUCGUCUCGCUUGAAGUGUGGGGUCAAGUGCGAACUGACACCGCCUCAAAGUCAACGGGAGCAGAAUGAGACUGGUACGAGGAAACGGAAACCACGGGGUUACUGGAAAGAUGCUGCAAACCUCGAGAAAGAAGUCCGCGAGUUUCUUCGCCUGAACGGUUGGGAUAAUUUGAACCAGCUACCUAGCGAGCAACAGUUUAUAUCCGCAAGCUUUCCCCGACCAGAUCUACUUUACCCUAUUCGACUGCACGGCGGUUGGCAGGCCGUAGCAGCGAAGCUGAACCUGAAACCUGCGUGCGUCUCUCAACCAAGAAGUUUAUAUGUGACUUUUGCGGUCGAUCUGCGGCGUGGACGCAUGAUGCCACACAACUACUGGAAAGACUUUGAUAAUCUCGCCAAGGAACUACAAAGCUUCAUCGCCGAACAUCUCGAGGCAAAGGACACGAUGCCUACAGCUGGGCAGCUGGCGGCUCAUCAUCGCUCAGAUCUCAUCCGUGCGAUCCGCAAACACGGGGGAUUUCCCAAGGUAGCUGAGCAACUCGGACUGAAAGCUCAUCGGAGACCCAAUGGAUACUGGAAUGACAAGAGGCGUACCCUUGUCGAGCUAAAAACAUUCAUCGCCGCACAUCGCCUUCCACCGGAUCGAGCGCCAACAUACAGAACCAUGAAGCGCUUUGGUGCAUCGACGCUAGCUGCUGCAGUGGGACGACUAGGUGGUACAGCGCAUUUCUCGAGACUUUUGCGCAGGAAGACACCCAUGGCAUUACCCGCAAAGGAGUCACACCCAAACGUAUCCAAGACACCCUGA